CUCUUCCUUUCGGACGUCUCUGCUUGUCGGGGUAAGGUAGCCUUUCUCCGCCUUCCAAACUGCCGGUGCAAAAUCAUCUCCCCGCCCCAAUAGAAAAAAAAGGUACCCCGAUUACAAUUUUCUUUGGCUGCGCGUCCAUCCCAAUCUCCUGCUUCCGCUCACAUAAUUUGCGUCAAACAAUCGGGUGGUUUUGUUUCAAGUUAGGAUCUCGAAUUGCUACGAUGAAGAAAGACCUCGAGGUGGCGGGCUACGCCGUGCUGCCCCUACAGCUCCCCAAGACCUCCUCUGCAAAGGCUGCCACGCAUUACAUGUAUCUCCGCGCCCACGAGCCUCGCAUUCCGGACGAAGACACUCCUCGCUCGAUGUUCAUUGUCAACGUGCCCGUCGACACGACCGAAACUCACUUGCGCCACCUAUUCGGUACCCAGCUUUCGGCCGGCCGCGUCGAGCGCGUCCACUUCGAGUCCGUCCCCACGAAGAAGAAUCAGGCUGCGCUCCCGCAGGCAAAUAUCGGCGGCAGCAAGGCCAAGAAACGGAAGCGCGUCACCGCGGAUGAGCUGGAGUCUCAGCUGGAGGAUAUCGAACUCCCCGCGGUCUGGGACCGACCGCUCCAGAAGAGCGGAGCGCACGCCGUCGUGGUCUUUGUGGAUCAGCCCAGCAUGGAGGCCAGUCUGAAGGCUGCCCGGAAGGUCGCGCGCAAGGCGGUCAGUGGCAGCAGCAGUAAAAAAAUUGUCUGGGGGGAAGGGCUUGACGAGGACCGGGUGCCGGCUCUCGGGCUGGAGCGGUAUCUCUUCCACUCGCAGGCCCGGUACCCCAGCCGUGGAGAGUUGCUCCGCACGGUCAACGAUUUCAUGACGGUGUUCGAGCAGGUGGCUGAGAGCCGGAAGCGCGAGGCGGCGCGCAAGGCCCAGGAGCCGGACGAGGAUGGCUUCGUGACGGUCACGAGUGGACCCAAGCUGGCGGACGCGACCCACGAGGAUGAGGCCCGCGAGUUGAUCGAGAAGCAGAAGAAGAAGCAGGAGGGCCUGGAGGACUUCUACCGCUUCCAGUCCCGAGAGAAGCGGAAGGAGAGGCAACAUGAGCUGUUGCGGAAGUUCAAUGAAGAUAAGAGGAAGUUGGUGGAUCUGAAGAGGAGAAAGGGAAAAUUCACGCCCGAGUGAUUGUGUCUCUCGGCCGGGAUUUUCUACAGUCAAUUAUUCCACACAUCGUCUUGGUUUAGCGCGGCGUUAGGGAGGGAUUAAUUCCAAAAGUCGAGUCUUUCAGGUAGAUAGAAUACUGUGUUUGAGGUAGAGGCCAAUA